CAAAUCGAUUUCAGUUUCAACAAACUUCGGAAAGUCGAAAGCUUAAACUGCCUACAGAAACUAUACCAACUCGAUCCAUCCCACAACAAGAUAACACACUUCAAAAACACAACGAUCAAUCAGCUAGCACAUUUAAGACAUCUUGAUUUGUCAUUCAAUGAAAUUAUGAGCAUGGACCCUGCUUGUAUAUCACAGCCUACACAAAAUGUAUUUUAUGCCAACUUUGGGAAAAACAAACUUCCAGUUGUGGAUGUCACAAAUGCUUUUUCCGUGAAUCCGUUUUGCCACAUCAACUACACGAGCAAUCUUAUUGACAAGUUCGUGAAUGAAUUUGGGUUUACUUUAGAUGCAAACAAAACAUAUGGACCAGGAUUUGUAAGCUUCAAUUUCAACAACUUCAGGACAUUUCCAGAUUUCCAAAGUUUACUUGGCCUUUCAAAUCUCGCUGAGCUCGGACAACUAGUCUCAUUCGGAUUUGAUUUCAGGGGCAUUCAACUGGAUUGCGACUGCUAUCUCGAGCCAUUUCUAAGCAUGGUACAGGAGCUUAAGGCUUUUCUAUGGCGGGAUUAUUUUAACGUAGCUUGUGCAAAUCCACCAAGUUUGCAAGGUGUCAAGGUGCCCAACCUAGACCCAUAUGAUCUUGUGUGUACCCUCGAGCGAGAUGCAGACUGUCCGCAAGAAUGUACUUGCAUUGAUAGACCGAGCACAAACACGUUAUUUGUUAAUUGCACCAACUUGAAGACUUUGCCAGAAUUUCUACCUAAUUCGACAUUAUCACGUUCCAUUUCAUUAAAACUUUCCAACAAUGAUAUACAGAUCUUGUCAAAUAAGCCAUAUUUAUACAAAGUAACUUUUCUCGAUCUUUCCAAUAACCUUCUGGAACAAGUAAAUGAUGAUGCGAUAGCUGUUCUUGAGAAUGCAACACUUCACAUAUCGAAUAACGUACGGCUUACGCAGCUGCCUCAACGCGUUCAGCAUAGAAACCAUUGUAUCACAUACAUGGAGGGCUUGCAUUUAACAUACGGGUGUCAAGAGCUCUGGAUUGAAAACUGGCUUAAAGUGAAGAAAUGCGAUACUGAGAAACUUUUCAAAUGCACCAUACCUGACCUUGGAAUUAAAGAAGCCCGAGAAUUUUCUUGUUAGACUGCAAACAAAAUUCGUCGAUCUUUAUAGUAUCAUUUAUAUCUUCUGUUCUGGCAACAUUGAUCAUAUGUGGAACCACAGUA